GUAGCAGGAGUGCCAAAAUGCCACAGUAGCUUGGACCAGUUACAAUGUCACUUAGGGACUUCAAAGUUCCAAACCCUAUAAGUGCAGGCGCUAAAAGGACGGAUCGAAUUGCGAAGAGGAAAAACCCGAAUCAAGUUAGAGUGCGUGUGCGACCUCGCAUUGAACAAAGCAACACUCAACAGGAAGUAGGCCACCACCAGCUAGAAGAUGAUGAGGGAGAGCAACAUGCUAACGUGGAAAUGCAUAUGGGCGCUUCAGCAGCGGAUCCGCUGCCGCAUGUGCACAGCGAGUCCGAUGAUGAAGACACCGAGCAAGGCGACGACGCAUCAGUGGACGUUGCAGCUCAGGUCAGGGUCCGAAAGGCGUUCUUAAAGCACUACGCCUCGGGGGCAGACAGCCGCAGCCGCCUCCUCGACAGUGCCGCCGACACGCUGCGGGCGUUGGCCCAGGCCAUCCCACGCACAUGUCCUGGGUGCGGCGUGUCCGCGGUGUUCGGGGGAAAGCGAUGUUCCGUGACAAUUGUCACAUGGGAGCAGCCUGUGAUCGCGGAAAUACCUGUGGGCUGGUGCACAACGUGCAAGCAGGGCUGCAACUUGCUGCCGGUUCAGGCGGACUGCGUCUCCGACUCGAACAGCGGGUGGGACCUCGACCGCGCUCACUCUGGCAAGAACGUUCUCUGGUGGCACCAGUCCGUGCUGCAGAUGUAUGACAUCCUGUCAUUCAGGACCAGACAUCUCAGCGCAGACGCGUUUUGUGACGCUAUGAUGAACAGCUGGGAGCGCAAUGGGAUCUCCCGUCCAAGCUCUGUGUCGGCGACAACCCUGCGCCAGCGCAUGCGCGAGGCGCUGCUGCUGUAUAUGGACUGUCAGAACGUCAUCGAGGACUACCCGGAGGACACUAUAACCGACUGGCCUCGCGGCGCCCUGAACAGCUGCCCCUGCUGCGGUGACAGCGUCACAUGUGCAGCAAUGGCGGUGGACGCAGGCGCCGGGCCAGCUGGCGGCGCCAUGGCAGCCGGCGUAGCGGCUGCCCCUGCAGUGGUUGGGGAAACGGUGGUGGGCGCACGCGCCGGGCCGAGCGGCAGUGGCGGCGUGGCGGGUGUGGACAUGGCAGACGCCGGGCCAGCCGGCGGCGCCAUGGCAGCCGGCGUAGCGGCUGCCCCUGCAGUGGUUGGGGAAACGGUGGUGGGCGCACGCGCCGGGCCGAGCGGCAGUGGCGGCGUGGCGGGUGUGGACAUGGCAGACGCCGGGCCAGCCGGCGGCGCCAUGGCAGCCGGCGUAGCGGCUGCCCCUGCAGUGGUUGGGGAAACGGUGGUGGGCGCACGCGCCGGGCCGAGCGGCAGUGGCGGCGUGGCGGGUGUGGACAUGGCAGACGCCGGGCCAGCCAGCGGCGCCAUGGCAGCCGGCGUAGCGGCUGCCGCUGCAGUGGCUGGGGAAACGGUGGUGGGCGCACGCGCCGGGCCGAGCGGCAGUGGCGGCGUGGCGGGUGUGGACAUGGCAGACGCCGGGCCAGCCAGCGGCGCCAUGGCAGCCGCUACUGUGGCCAUGCUUGGUGCAGCCGCUGUCGCUUCAGCAUGGCUGCUCACCGCAUGCAGUCCUGAGGGCUCUGGUCCGGGUCCUUCUUGUCUCCACUCGGUGCACUUCGACGCAUGCUUCAAGUUGAAUUUGCUGGCGUUCAGAGGCUACGCGGCGCAGUACACGCAGCUUGCACGCCGCCGCUUUUUCCUGCCCAACACGCUCAUCCAGCAGGUACUUGCAGACGGCACGGCUUCGCAGCAGAUUGGAGCAACCCACUGCUCCAACUUCAACGCCGAUAAGGUGCUUGCAGCCGAGUCACGCAAGAACCUGAUCACGGCAGUCGGGGCUGUGCUAUGCCGGCACGGUAUGCUGCUGCGGUUGAUGAACCUGUUCGGAGGCGAACGUCAUGCCUACGCUACGACUGCGGCGUUGUCUCUCCUGAGCGCUGGAACAGCGGUGCAGUUCUGGUGGUACGACAUUGCUUGCAGGUGAGUGGCUAUCACUUCUUACCCUGGCGAUGACUAACAAUGUCAUGUGUACUGUUUGCAGCCUCGCCUGCCAGAAGGCAUUUGGUCACGCCAGCGUAGGUGGUGUGGGGCAGGGCACUGGGGAGCCGGCUGAGAUCUUCAACAGCGUCAUUGGGCCGCAUGGCGGGGUCACCCAGUACAUGAGUCCGGCGAAUAGGGAGGCGCAUCUGGAGCGUGUGUGCCGCCUGUACUGCCGGGACGUUUUGGAGGACAUGCCGAUGCGGCUCUGGCGCAUGCGUGAGCGUGCGAAGGCGGUCCUGUCCAGUGCGCGGCAGCGCGUUGACGACCUGGAGGCAGCCCUUGCAAAGGAGAUGAGCUGCGAGGUCGAGGAGGUACGACAGCGCCUGCAGCAGCCCGCAAUGGAGCCCGUUGCGGGCACCGGUGCGGGCGCAGGCGCAGGCACAGCCGCAGCCGCAGCCGCAGCCGCAAGCGCGGGCACCGGCGUAGGCGCGGGCGCCGGCACGGGCGAGGGCAUGGGCGAGGGCACGGCCGCGGGCGCGGGCACGGGCGAGGGCACGGCCGCGGGCGCGGGCACGGGCGAGGGCACGGCCGCGGGCGCGGGCACGGGCGCGGGCACGGACACGGGCACAGGCGUGAGUGUGUCUGCUGCAGAGUAUGCACGCUGCAGACUUGCCAUCAUGAAGCUGCAGCGUGAGGAUGCGCUGGACGACAGCUCGGACGCAGUGCGUCUAGGGCUGCUGUUUCCAGGCGCGGAUGCUGUGCCCGUGUGGCAGCGACCAGUCCUCAUCCGCUCCAUAAAGGAGCAGGCUGCAGAGCUCGAGCACAAGCACGGGUACGAUCCAGUAGCCUGGGGCCCAGGGUCGGUGCUGAUGCAGGCAGCACUGGCGGCGCUGGCGGAGAGCGAGCUUGCGAAACUGUGUGACGAAGUAGAGGAUGCCGUGUCGGACGUCGUUGCGCUUGGCUACGUGGUCAAGAAACUGGCAGGCCGCCGCCACCAGCAGCAGCUUGCGGUGAAAGAGGAGAGGCGGGCGCGGGAGUCCGUGGCCCGGCUGUGGGGCGAUCUCGUCAGCUGGAGUAAAGUCCCCAGAGCCACGUCUGAAGAACUGCGGAGUGGCCUCUCAGCUGCGGGGGCUAUGGGCAAGGCCCUCAAGAAGCAGGCCUUUCCGUGGGUGCCACGGCACGGGCGCCUAGGGGUGCCGAAGCUGGAAGCGCGUUGGCGCCGCGCGCAGGAGGAAAUUGUGCGGUGCACGGAGGAGUUAGAGCUUAUCACCAAAGAAAGCACGUGUGCGGUCAAGUACUACACGCACCGCGCGCGCCUUUUGACCCAGGCACAGUGCGGUGUAGAGGAGCGGAGUAGCCGCGGGCGGUUUACUGCCGGGCAUGUGAGUGCUGUCUCUUGAAUAUUGG